AUGGAUAAGUGCGAAUCGUCUAGACUGGAAGAUCUUUUAGAACAGGAAGAACCGGAAGAAAUGCUAAAAUGUGAAGAUACUGAAGAUGAACUGGAAAGCGAAAUGACCGAAGUAUCUCGGCCAGAGGAGAGCUUAGAACUGGAUGAACUGACAGGUACUGAAGAUGGUCCAGAAACUGUUGAAAACCCGAACAGCUUGAUGACGCCAGCCUUUGCCUUUGCCAUUCCCGUUUUGGCCUUGUUGGUAGGCUUGGCCUUUGCUGUGUGCUGGAAUGACAACAGUCAUGGAAACCAUCAUCAGGAACUGGAAGACCAUCUGGAAAGCGAAAGAGCCGAAAAAUAUAGACUGGAAGAGACCUUAGAACUGAAUCUAGAAAAGCAGAGAUUGACAGAAGAACUGGCAGAGAGUCGGUUUGCUGCAGAUGAAAUGGAACGUCUAUGGAAGGAGGCGAAGGAGGAGAUUGCUUGGCUCAAGAAUCAAAUGGCAGAAAAGGACCUCUUGCUAAGAAAGAAUGCUGACCAAGAAGCAGUUAUGAAGAGUGAAAUUGCAAAGUUGCAUCAUCAAAAUGAAGAAGUCAUGGCUGAACACCAGCACUUGCAUGAUGACCUAAAACGGGCUGUAUACGAAGGAGAGAGGAUGCAGAAAUUAAAUAACGAUCUUAUGGAGGAAUUAGAGUUUCUGGAGAAGAAAUGCGAGGAGGAAAGGAUAAUAGCAAGUCUCAUCCGAGGAGAACUAGAGCUGAAGGAAGAGGAAUAUAGACUCAAAGCUGAGAUCAUCGAAGCAGAACUACAAGUGAUGAAGAACUGGGUCUCAGAAUUAGGAGGACAGAAUGCGAGAUUGGCUGAGGAGUUAGAAGAAGUGGAAAUGGAAUUGACUUCAGUGAAGAAGGAGCUAGGAAAUGAGAAGAGGAAGACCCAAAUUUUGACUGAAGAAGUCCAGGUCAUGAGGAAGUGGGUCACAGAGUUAGGAGGGGAGAAUUCCAGGCUCCAGGAAGAGGCAGACGAAAACUGCCUGGAAAUAUCUACACUGAAGAAAUCAUUAGAGAAGGAGAAAGAGCAAAACAGCUUUUUACAGGAUGCUCUCCAUUAUAGGAGGGAGAUUGAAAGCUUGUUUGAGGCAGAACAGAAGAGAAGGAAGGAGAUGGAGAAUUCCCUCAGAGUCUUAAAAGAAGAGCUCGACAACAGUGACCUCCAAAUAGAAAGAUUCUUAAAUGAGGAAAGAAAAUUAAUAUCUGAAAAAGAGGACCUAGAAGAGAAGCUAGACAUCGCUCUUAAUCACGGGAAUGAACUGAACAGCUUGCUGGAGGAAGCAGAUGAGAAGGCCAAAAAAAUUGCUAAUGAAUUAGAGGAAGAGGUCCAGAAAAGGGAGACCCAAAUACACCAUUUGUUAGGCCAAGGAGAAAGACUCAAGGAAGAACUGCAGCAACUUGGAAAAGAAUGUGAAAGGUUGACAGAAAAGUGCAGGAUACAGGAGGAACAUGAGGUGAGGCAAGAACAACGUUUCAGAGAGUGUCUAAAGGAGACAGGAAGAGGCUUUGAGGCAACAGGAUAA